AUGCUCAACUCAACGACCAUUCUUGUCCCAUUCUUGUUUUUUCUCAUAAUCAAAAUAGCAAAAGAAUGGUUUAAGGAAACAAACAACAUCAGAAAAAUGAGAGAAGCAAAUAAAUGGAUUCAAGAGAGCUUGUUGGAAAAACGACAAAGUCGGCGAUUUGAACAUUCAAAGAUUCAAAAAGGAAAAUAUCCCUGGAGACGAGGAGGGUCUAAACCAUUUAAAGUAAAGAAUUUGGCACAAGUUGAGAGCUCUGUUGACUCGUCUGUUACUGUCAGAUGGCUUCAUAUACCAUCCAAUGAAACCGGUGAUCCAAGUCAAGGAGAAAGUUUUCUUCUCCGUUAUGAGCUUGUAUGGUGGGACAAAAGUAUAGGAAGAAUACAAAAUCAAACUAUUAAAGAUUUAGGUUUGCCUGGUACACUGGAACAAAACCGAUAUUACUACAAGAGGGAUGGCUAUGUUUAUUAUACCUUAAGAGACUUGGAUAUAAAAAGUCAAUAUGGUAUAGUAGUGUAUGGAGUCAACCGAUUGGGAAAAGGAGAAGAAACCAAUGUAAAUACUGAUUUUCGUCCCAAAAAUGCUGCUAGCAAGACAGAUGAUGGCGACAACAUGAUUGGUAUUGUUAUUGGAGCUGUGUUGGGAGGGAUAAUUGUAUUGGUUCUUGUGAUUGUUUUCAUCGUUUGGUGUAGCAAACGCUCUGAUGCAAGCAAACGUUAUCCAGCCAGUUAUGUUGAAGAAGCUGUUGAUUACCCGCCUAACCAAGGCCACAGUCUUUACGCUGGUGUUGAGAAAAAACAAAAAGUAGUCUCUCGAAGUGAUUCGACGUCUGGAUACCCCGACGUAGUUGGAAACGGUAACGAUUACUCUAUGAAGCCAAGAAAUAGUUCUUCGUACGAACCUUCCAACAAGGCGUUUGUAUAAAGCUAGUUUUUUACGAAUCACAUGAUAGAGACGGUAUUUUACAGAAGACGCAAAUGCAGAGAGGAGUUGAAGCUGGUCACGUGGCUUCGGAGGCGUUUCAUGAAAUCACGUAAUUUGCACUUAAGUGGAUAAGCAGACCAGUGUGGAACAAAAUGACUUGAUUUUUGCACAUUUAGACUGGAGAUAAUUAGGUUAUAUAUAAGAAAAGUUAUAGUUAUUAACUCUCUUCAAUUUGUUCAGUAUUUCACUUUCUUAAGGUAAGCUGUUUUGACUGCGCAGGCUGUCCUUUUGUACAUUUUCUAAAGUAUCCUUUAUUUCCAGUCGAGUUGUGGAUUUUCAUUGCUUAUGUGUUAACGCCAGAAAGGGUGUAGAUUUAUGAAAACUUUCAGAAAUUGGGGAAAUUUGGUAAAAAAAAACUCUGAUAAGGUUGAGAGCAAAAAGUGAAAUAUUUGAUAGAAACAUUUGAAGAAAAGGUGAAAGAAUCACAGUUCCCAUGUCAAGCCCAUUUUUUUUGUUUUUUUAAUUUUUAAUAUAUUUUUUUGAUUUUUAUUAAAUUUUUGGUAAUUGGAAUGAUAAUUUUUAUUUUCAUAUAAUGCACAAUCUUGUAAUGUACAUACAAUUUAUUUAAUUUUCACUGUACAGUUUGAUGGCUAACUUGUCGUGGAAGAUUCGUUACCAGUCUUUUUAAAACAA